CUGAUAGUUUGUCAAUGUCAUUGUGUUGUGCAUUCAUGAUAGACCUUAAUUUUAGUAAAUUUUAAUUCUUUAUUUUAAUGGUGGGAUAUUUCGAGACAAAUUUAAAGUUUAAUUCGUUCUUCAUGUGAAUUGACUUAUAAUAGUGUGCGGUGAAGUGCAAAAUAUUGAAAUUCUUGUAGAAUUUGAGUUAAUUUUUUAAACGAAAUGGCUUCGGAUAUAUUAGCAAGUUCUGGAAGUGAGAUACGAGAGAAUUUGUAUUUUCAGGUAACAACAGCAGUAAAGUUUCUAUCCAAUCCAAACGUACAGAGGUGUACAUUAGAAAGCAAAGAGCGUUUCUUACGUAAUAAGGGUUUGACUGACAGAGAGAUACAAAAGGCUAUAGAGAAAUGCGGGGAAUUGAUAGAUGUGCCAUCCAUUGCUUCUGACUUUAUGUUCUUCAACUCUUCAAGACAGUCUUGGUUACGGGAACGCGUUUUACCAAUUAUAGUGUAUGGAGGAUUUAUGUAUGGAUGUUACUGGUUUUAUAAGAACUGUGUGAAGCAUUUAAUAUUCGUUGAAGAGCCAAAGCGUAAAUCAACAGCGGAGUGCAUAGAGGAGCUGCGUAAAUCUCUGGACGUGCUGAACAGUAGUGUGACGUCACUGCGCAACGAGGUGCAGGCCGCGGCACAGCAUAAUGCAUUGCGCUUCCAACUGGACAACCUCAAGUCUGAUAUAGCAUCCGUUAAAGGGAUACUAUUGAACAGGAAUCAAUUCCCUUCCCUCAAAACACGUACAGAGCCGCCAUCGAUCCCGGCAUGGCAGCGGCAAUCGGAAGAGGCAUCAGCCACAGAAGUAGCGGUAGAAGAGAAGAAAAAGUCGCACCGAAGCCGCAGCCAGCGCUCAGAGAGUGGCGGCUCCAACUCCAGCGAAGGCGAACACGCCACCAAGAAUAGUGAUAGCAGCCUCGAGAUCAUAACAUGAAGUGAUACGUCAUAGUUCAAAUUUAGUCUAAAUUGUUGCGAUAUUAGACUAAAGUCUGUGCGAUCUCGUUCGUUGACGGGAAAAUUGUUAGUGCAAUGAUAGUGACAGGUGCACAUUGUAAAAAAAAA